UCAGCGGUUUCAUCUUUUCAUGCCGCGUGAGAGUCCGAGCAGCGUAAAUACAUCCCUUCCGUAUUUCCAUUCUAAAUUAUUCCACGUUGACAAACACUUAGAUUUUGUAGCACACUGUGCGUGUUAUUAUUGUUGACCGCAAGAUGGAUUUCACAAUCCGGGCCGCCACGCUCGAGGACUGUAAGGACAUCUCUCGGAUGAUACUGGAGUUGGCAGAGUUUGAGAAAGUUUCUGACCAUGUCAAGAUUACACAAAGAGAUCUGGAGCAGGAUGGAUUUUCCAAAAACCCUUUUUUCCAUGGAAUUAUUGCUGAGGUACCAGAACACUUAAAGUCCAGUCAGGGUCACACCAAGGUCGGUUACUCUCUGUACUUCUACAUGUACAGCUCAUGGAAAGGUCGCGCAGUGUACAUGGAAGAUCUAUAUGUGAUGCCUGAGUUCAGAGGCAAGGGCAUUGGCAAGGCUCUGAUGGCCAAAGUUUCCCAGCUGGGUCUGGCUGCUGGUUGCACUCAGCUUAACUUCACUGUGCUGGACUGGAAUAAGUCAUCUCUGGACUUCUACCUGAAGCAGGGCUGCUGGGACGUGACCUCUGAACUCGGCUAUCACUGCAUGCGCUGUGAGGGUGACGCUCUUCAACACUUGGCACAGGGAGAGCUUUAAACCAUCAAACACAUAGAUUUCAUUCUCAACCCCAGCCAUAAGUUACACAUUACUAGAGAAGCACAGAACGACAGUAAGAUAAGCUGACAGUUAAAAUGGGCAAAAUGAAUACAAUAAACAUGCUUAUUACCUAGUUACAUUUUAAAUAUACAUUUCUAAAGGGGUAGUUCACUCAAAAACGAAAAUUUUAUGUUAAUGAUGUUUCUCUUGAUUUCUCCUGUUUAUUAAAACUUUAUUUAAAGGGGACCUAUUAUGCAAAAAUCACUUUUAUUAGAGGUUUAAACACAGAUAUGUGGCAGCAGUGUGUGAAAAUAACCAGCUUCUAAUGGUAAAAAUGUAUUAAUAUUAUUUAUUUAUUAUCACGCUUCGUAAAAACAGUCUGCAGAAACACUUUGAUUGACAUUCUCCCUUUGUACGUGUCAUCAGAGGGGGAAAGCCCCACCCAUUAGUGAUGAUCUCACCCUCAUUAGCAUAGGAGUUACUCUUGUUUUUGAAUUUGCGUCUAUGCUGACACAUAGGCAUUUAUAUCUCCGCCCUCAUUUGAAAAGAACACAAUCUCAUUUAAAUUUAAAGCAACAGUCACCAAAAUGGCACAACUAGAAUCAAAGUCUAAAAGGGGCAGUUCCAAAGAGUUAAUAAAACAUUAUUUGUGGGGUAUUUUUGAGCUGAAACUUCAUAUAACCACUCGAGGGACAUCAGAGACUUAUUUUACAUCUCGCAAAAAAGGGCACAAUAGGUCCCCUUAAAUAUUUUUCCCCAACAUAUUGUACUAAUAUUUUGACUGUGAUCUUAAAUUUUUUGUUAGAUUAGUUCCAGUUGUGGCUAAUGUAUAUGCACAAAUAUAUUAUUAUAAAGCCUCCUAUUGAACAUAUUAGUUUAAAAGAGAGAUCUUUGAGGGCUGUACUCAUUUAUGCUGAGCAAUAUAUAUAUAUUAAUACAUGUGGCUCCUGAAGAUACCUGUGUUUUAGGCAGCGUAUUCACUGAAGGUUUUUGCACUGCAGAAACACAAGCGCUGUUCUAAAACCACUCUAUGAGCUAUGAGUGUUUCUUCAACUGUUAAAACGCUUUAAAAAUGUUGAGCACUCACCACUGAGCAUAAUAGAGAUGCUCAGCACCUGGCUACACUGCCAGCAUUUUAAAAACACAGUGCUUCAUUGACAACAACAGGAAAAAAAGCUCAGCUCAGGGAAAAACAACGUAGUAGACAUGUAGUGUACAAAACAAUCAGUCUGUGCAAGAAACAUGGACAUCAGUAAUCAAAUGAUUUGCUUUAAUCUGUAUAAGACAAUAAUAUGAUUAAGGUGUUUACAUGAGUUGCUUUUUGUAUGUUCCUUUCAUGAUCCUGUUUUACAUCUUAUAGCACAUAAUUCGAUUAAUGUCAUUGCAUCACCACAACUUCUACUAUCCUCUGGAUUUUCAUGUAAUUUCAGGUGUUUCAUUUUUGAUUUGUCAACUUUAACUGCAGUUUGGCACUUUCACUUUCAUUCAGGACCAUUUCAUGCAUGCCCCCAUGACAAUCAAGAUAUUGGAUGCGAGUAUGAACUGCCGGAAGUAUGAACAACUGCGUUGUUUUAAUGUAAUUUGAUACCGCACACCGUAAGGAAAAAAAACCUACGCAUUUCAUGUCAAACAGCCGUGUGUGUAUAUACUGUGCUGUUGCAAAAUUCGGAGAAAAUCCUACAUGACAGCAAUAGUUUGAUUGCAGUGUUUACAUGUCUGUGCUGCACUUCAAUAAGUGCAGCACAGCAACUAAAAUUGGCAUAAAUUUUUUUUUUAUAUCGCUGUUUACAUGCUAGACACUUAAUCAGAGUAUUGUCUUAAUCACAUAAAAAUCAACUUAUUAGUGUCCAUGUAAAUGUACUCGUGUACAAAAUAAUAACCAAUUGCAUAAAAGAAUUGUAUUACAUCAUAAGACUUUAAAUGUAUCUUGUUUACACUGCAAAGAAUGCUUUUCUUACCUAGAUUUGUCUUGUUUCUAGUCCAAAUAUCUAAAAAUUCUUAAACCAAGAAGCAUUUUUAGAUAAUCAAAAAAUAUAGUCUUGUUUUAAGAAAUAAUGUCAAAAUUAAGUGAGUUCCUUAAAACAAGCUAAAUAAUCUGCCAAUGGAAUAAGCAAAAUAAUCUUGUUUGUCAUUUCGACAUAAGUGUAUUUAGCUUGUUUUAAGGAAAAAAAUCACUUAAUUUUGACAUCAUUUCUUAAAACAAGACACUAUUUUUAAGUUCAAGCAUUUGUUGCGGUGUAACCAGUAUGUGGCUUUUUGACUUUCAUAGCUUGCAUAUUUUAGAAUACCAAGUGCCGUGCUGUCAGCUAAAAACUUUUAUUUUAUGUUCUACUGAAGAAAUCCUGUAUGUGGACAAAUUUUUCAUAUUUGGGUGAACUAUCUUUUUGAGUCAAAAUGAGCUGAGAACAACAACCAGCAGAAGCUGCUUAUUUAUGUUGCAUCAAACCAUGCAAAUGCAUUAUAAUUUCAAGUGACACUGAUUCAUUGUGCCCUUUAAAAUUGUGAUUCUGGCCUACCAAAGAUUCAGAGGGGCACUUUUGUUACUGGGAAUAAUAAAUUGGUCAAAUUAGGACAUCAUUUUCUGUCGGAUUUACAUGCGUGAAAAGAGUGGAGACAGUUACAGUUGAUGUUGUUUUCAUUGUUUGUAUUUACAGUAGUUGGUUUUAGAUGUUCUAUUUAAGCUGCCAUUUUAGUGUUUAGCCAUAUAUUACAUGUCAUUUUACUUAGACAUUUGAGAGCGUGUUUAACCAUCUAGUCAGCCUUGUUUACCAAUCCGAAAUCCUACUAUAGUGAUGUUCCUUGACUAUAUAGUAAAAUCUUGAUCUUUAGAAAAGAGCACAGCAAUUUGUUCAAUUACACUGUAUAUGCACAGAAAAACACCACUUACUUCUCUCAUCAAGCAUUUGGUAUUUGUCACCAUAUUUUUGUGAGUCACAACAGAGCAAAAGCUCAUUAAAAAUAGGAAAAAUGCACUACAAUUGUAAAUAAGUGAAAUCCUGUUAUUGGUUAGUGGAACUUGUUUGGAUUUUGCUUUUCUAAAUUGCUUUCUUUGCCUUUUUUUGUGCAUUUCGCCUUUUUGCACAAGCAGAUGUUUUAUGUUUAUAGCCAAAAAUUAUUUUAGAACAAAAUAUUGAGCUGUUACUAAAUACAUCUUGAACACAAAAGACAUGCAAGUACCUCAGUCUUAUCAAUUUAGUUCAUUGUAACUUGUAAUAUUCAAUGGCCUAUUAGAAUGGUACUGUUAUUUUCUAGCACUUUAAAAUAAACUGUGUAGCCUCAUAGUGAAGACGACGAGCAAAAGUGACAUUGUUACAAGCUGCUGUAUCCAAUGUACUGUGGAUUCUGAUGUUUCCUCUGUUCUAUUGCUCAUCAAUAAAAGUAGAUUUAUGCGGUUUUUGCA